GCCGAUUCGCAGAUCGAUUCGUUGUUCCUAGCUGGAAGGUAGUACCGUCAUCGCUCAGUCACCUUAUUUCGUUCGCCCUUAUUGAAAUUUCUUCGUAGUGUCAAAAUGGCUCGUACAAAGCAAACUGCAAGGAAAUCAACUGGAGGAAAAGCUCCUCGCAAACAACUGGCCACCAAGGCUGCACGAAAGAGUGCCCCAGCAACUGGAGGUGUAAAAAAGCCACACAGAUACAGGCCCGGAACAGUUGCUCUGAGAGAAAUUCGUAGAUACCAGAAGUCGACCGAGUUGUUGAUCAGGAAACUGCCCUUCCAAAGACUCGUCCGAGAAAUUGCCCAAGACUUCAAGACAGAUCUGCGCUUUCAGAGCUCGGCGGUGAUGGCCCUCCAAGAGGCAUCUGAAGCUUACCUAGUUGGACUGUUUGAAGACACCAACUUGUGCGCCAUUCAUGCCAAACGUGUUACUAUUAUGCCAAAGGACAUACAACUGGCCAGAAGGAUUCGUGGAGAGAGAGCUUAAUUCAACCAGCAAAUUUCAUCUUUGUCGAU